CAGAUCAUGGUGGAUGUGAUCUUGAACCACAUCGCUGCCCCUUGCCCAGCCGCCUUGCAGGCGGGCUACACGGCAGUGAUGCCAUGCGUCGGUUGGGCAGGCUCCAACUAUGGCAACCGACGGAUCAACUCGGAGGAUGGAUGGAAGGGGCCAGAACUCUUCCACAAUAUCCUGGGAAAUCUCAUGGGCAAUUGUCCCGUCGAAGAGCCGGACUUCACGUGUCCACAAAGUGAACCCCCGGGGGACUGCACCAAGUGUGACUUCAAGGGCCUUCCAGACUGGAACACUGGGCUCCAGUCCACUCGUGACAUGUUGGCGAAACAUCUCAUGGAGCUGCACGACUUGGGCGUCACCAUGCUCCGCAUCGAUGCGGCCAGCUACAUCUCCAGUGAGGACCUUGCAGCGAUCAUCAACCAGCUGCCAUGGGACUUGGUGCAUCAGGAGUGGUGGGGCGGCACCCCAGCCGAGACUCGCAGCGAGGCGGUGGGGCACUACCGUGACCAGAAAUAUGGCCUGAAGAUCGCCAAUGCUCUCGGUGUGGGAGACGUGAAAUAUAUGGCCGAGCUGCUGAAUAUCACACGAGGCUUGGAUGGCAUCGCACCGGAACGUGCCGUGUAUCCCUUGACCUUCCACGAUGCCAGGACUUACGAAGCGGAUCGCUUCGUGCCGACCUACAAAAACGGCCUGGAGUUCCACCAACAGCAGAAGUUCCUCUUGGCAUGGCCCCACGGCAUGGCGGUACGGCUCUUUGCAGGCUACACCUUCACCAACAUGGACGCUGGUCCUCCCGGGAACUGCGGCAAUGGACAGUGCCAACCGUAUCCCGUGUACCUCUUUGAAGACGAAGAACCUAGGUGUAUGCCGACACCGACUCAGUCCCCCUUGUCGGAGCAGGAGAAAACGUACGAAGGCUAUGUCUGCGAGCAUCGCUGGGAAGGGGUGGGCGGCUUGGUGAACUUUCGACAGGCAUGUCGUGGGCUGCCCAUCAGUGCUCGAUGGUCGUCGCAAGACAGCAAUGCAGACUUGGGGCACUUUGCCGUCCGCUUGACUGAUGGACAGCAGCAGUGCUUUGUAGCCCUGGUGAGAGGAGACAACAAGAAGUUUCCCAACUACUGGGGUGACCUGGGAGAUUGGCGUCUCGCAGGGAUGACCACGGGUUUGCCACCCGGACGCUACUGCGACCUGGCCUCCCUGUCCACGCAACGCUGUUGGGAUCGCAGGCGCUGCCCCAGAGAAGUGCUCAUCGGUGAGGAUGGCAUGGUAGUGACCGGCGUAGUGCCCCAGGGCGACCUCUUAGCCAUCCACACCGGAGCUCGCCUGUCGGAUAGCAUCGAUCCCUUCGUGUGCAACGAGGAUAUUGUCCAGGAGAUGUCGCAGUCCCAGAGCUGUUGCUUGCACGUGGUGCUCCUGAUCAUUGCCAGCCUGUGGAGCAUAAAGUAGGUCAAACUUAGGACCGCUGCGGAUUUGUCCCCCAGGAACUUGUGAAGAAUGGG